AUGGCCCAGCUGUCAAACUUUGCCAACGUUACUUCGGUGCUUGGCGCAGCAGACAUAGUGAUCCGUUCGGCGAAAGCCCUUUACGGUUUCAUGGAACAAAUCGCAACGGCACCGGAAGACCGUCUUCUAGUGGAAUCAACCUUGGAAAAAGUCAAUGAGGCGGUUUCAGGAGCUCAGAAAUACGCGAAACAAUAUCGAAGUUCGGUAUACGUCGUAGAAGACAGCCUCGAACCUUUAGAAGAGCUCGAAAACCUCCUCAAAACCUGCGACUCUGAAAUCAAGCAGCUUCAUAACGUCAUCAAGGCAUUUACGCUUGUUCCAAGAACCAUGUUUCAAGAUCUUAGGCUUCUGUGGGGAUAUGUCUCGAGAGAAGAGGCAAUCAAAAAGGCGUGUGACCGGUUACAGGGGCAGAUGGUGCUAAUGAUGCUGAAUCUAAAGGUUACCAGCGGAAAGCAUGAUAUCAUCCUGCGAGAAAAAGUCAAAGCAGUGGAUAGAAACAUCGCAAAUGUUCUGUCUCAGCAAGAUAAAGGAUUUCAAGCCAGCCAACAGGUUCCAUAUCUCAUUGGCUCGUUCCACACAGAAAAUAAUAUCAGAUCUGGGCUACCGGUCGACGAGGUAUCUCGCCAUCUCAUACCGCCGUCGAGUACUAUGAUGGAAACCACCGAUAUUUCGUUCAAGGGCAGAGGCCUGGAAUAUCUAAUUGUGCCGCUGAGCCAGGUCCCGCUCUAUCUUCCUAAUGUAUUUCAAACGCUGAUCUUGGAGAGACGAAUACUCUCGAGGGCCGAUCGAGAUUGGAUUUGUACGGAGCUAACUCAUUUGCUCGCAUCUGCUCAUGAAGCAGCUGCGCGCUCUUUGCGGAACUCGAAACAAACAAGUGUGUCCAAUCAUCAUUUUCUAUCCUUGAUGCCUAUGGAUUGCGAGACAGGUGGUCGCAGAACGAAAAUUGCCACGUCGACGUUCUAUAAACAUUUCCCUGAAACCGGCGCAAUCGGAACAUCCCGAUUUCAUGGCACAGUUAAAACUCCAGGGAUAUUCUUGCUGUUAUCUCGGGGCUGGGAAUCCGUGAAUUCGCCGCCGCAACUAACACGUUUCGUCCAUGAGGUGAACGUCGUUUCUUAUAAGUCAGAAGUUUUUCAAUGUGUGCGGCGAAAUGAUGUGGCAGGCUUACGACGACUCUUUGCAGCCAGAGAGGCCUCACCAUUUGAUUACACUGAAUAUGGACGCUCGCUUCUCUGCGAGGCUGCUUUGGGUCUUAACCUCGAAUUUGUUGAGCUGCUCCUGGAACAGGGCGCGGAUUCCGUUAAUUGUCACCUUGGAUCAUCUAAUCUCACAGACCUGUCUUACGUGAUCUGGAGAAAUUACUUCUUUUCCAAAAUAUCUUACUCUACCAUUCGAAAACAUCUACCUUUGACUGCCAAAGCAAUCGGACAACGCUUUGGUAUUGACUGGGGAUGCGAGUUGGAGAAGAUCUCCGAGGGAAGAAAGAUACCAUUUAAUGAUUCUGAGUCGUCACAACUUCAAACAAUUCUCGCGAGGCUACUUCACCAAAAGUGUCAUGGGACUAUUCAUGUCACAGUCCUUGACUACAAUGUGCUUGAAGUAGUACGCAAGUGGCAUUUGAAGCUUUGUAAUGAAGGUGACAGCUUGGUGGAGGUAGUGGUUUCGUAUUAUAGCAAGAGACUUGUACUUUGA